AUGCGCGACCAGUUUCACCGCUCUCCUGUCAACCGACCGACGCCGAGCAUGAAUUCCGAUAAACAAAGCAAUGGCAUGCCUGCCAAACCCUUCAAGCCCAGCCUCAGCGCCGCAUUCAGGACGGCAAAUAAACCCUCAUACCCUCUCACCCCUCGUCUUGCCCCAGCUGGGGGUUACCAGACGCCGAAGAAGACAAAUCCUACCGACAACGCCCCUCUUCUCCCGCCGAAAAGGGAGGAUGCCACCAACACCAGCACCACCAUCACAACUCCUGUAUCGACCCCCCUCAGCAACAAUGUCACGCCGCGCUCAGGUCCCCGGGUCUCUCGACGCGAUGGCCCGAUCCCGUCCCCUGAGAAUAAUACCCCAGUCGCUAUUCUUGCCGGGGCACAGCUCCCCCGUCCCUCGCUCCCCGUUGCUACAGCCUAUGUCCGCAGUGAAAGAAGCCCGGUGCGAGGAGGGCUGAGGCUGGAGGCAGGGAAAGCAACAACAGCAAAGAGUGUACUGUCAGAUGCGUCGAAUUUAAGAGCGCCCGCUCUCUUGCAUUCAUCGUCGGAAAGUUUGGGCGGUUCGCCCAGGUUCUUCCGUGCUGGUGAUGCACGCUCCUCUGCCGGGUCGUCGGAAGCAGAGACACGGCCUGCCUCGUUCUCAAAACCGCUUCAAGCGUCUACAUUUUUAUAUGCAGAUGGAACGCUUGAUAAGGGUAGUCAAAGCGAUGACUUGAGUAGACCCGGGUCGACCAAACGACGUUCGACAGGGUCAUCUUCUCGCCUUCCUCCCAAGGGCCAGGCAAUGCUUUCCCCUAGGCUCAGGACUGCCCAGCUGGUCGACUCGGCUUCUCGAUCUUCCAGUGAAAGCAAUCUACAGCCCAGUCCGAAUAUUGAAGAGAACCCCGAACCCAGACUUUCUAUUUCUCCCAAUGUGGUCUCACCUGGACCAUCGCAGCAGGUCCCAUCUCGUCCAUCUCACCAAAAGUCUUGUAGUCUCGAUUCUACAACGCAAUUAAUCUCACCUCGAGCAAGCACUCGUCGAGUAACGCCAAUUUCGUCACCUCCGCUCCUAGCAGAUGUUCUUGCUGCCACUCCAGAACAACCAUCUCACCCUAGCCCUCAAAUCGUGACCAACGUGUUGAUCGAACCCGUGCCAAACCGUGAAUCCCCUUAUACAGUACCUCAAAGCCCAGUAAAGUUGGAAGGGCCCAACGCAUUUGGGGAUGGUGCUCUUAAUGCCCGCACAGAGAGGAAGAUUUUAGAUCUGGAGAUCAGCAACUCUUCUCUCUUGGCAAUCAACCGCACCCUUGAACGAGAACUACGCAAACAGAAUACCGAAUUACGCAGGUUCCGACGUCUGAGUCGGUCUGGUCGUUUAUCCAUGACGGCUUCUGUCCGGUCCAUCUCUGGCGGCGCGUUAUCGAUAGUAAGCGAAUCUGGCGAUAUGAGCGAGUUCUCGUCCGUCCAUUCGAACGACGAACUAUCCGAAGAGAGCGAUAACGAUUCCUUCGCCGACGAUGGCACGAAUAGUCCAAAUAGCUUGGCCGACCAUGAUGCACGACAUCGUGCCAGCGACGAGAAACGAUUUAUGCUCGAUAUCGCCAAGCAUCAAGAACUACUUGUCGAUAGCCAGAAACUCAACCAAAGCCUAAAACGAUGUCUUGGGUUGACGGAGGAGCUGAUCAACGAGGGCAAAAAGGCCCUCGAAUAUAACGUUCACGUUAGUGAUGUCGACGUCGGAGGUCGUGUCUUGGCCCCAGAGGAGAUUGCAGAGGAGCUUGCAGGUGGCCGAGGCCUCUUGAGUCCUGCUGCUGAAAUGGACGAAGCUCCUCUCGCUUUUGAUACCGCUGGCGAAGACCAUACCCCGGUAUCCUCACCAGACGAGUUAUAA